AUGUCGGCUCCCGGAGUUGGUUUUGAAUAUCCUCCUCAGGAGGUCUCCUGGCUUAAGCGCGAUGCUUUGUUGUUUGCCAACAGCAUCGGUGCUAAGGCCGACGAGCUUCACUUCCUUUAUGAGCUUCAUCCUAACUUCGCUGUUUUCCCAACUUAUUCUUUGAUCCUUCCUUUUAAGCACACUGAUCAAGAAACCAUUGAUUUCUAUGCACGUUCGCAAGCAACUCCCAUCCCCGGCGUCCCGAAAUUCGACUCUCGCCGUGCUGUAGACGGCCAGCGCAAGAUCACCAUUUUAAAACCUUUACCUCCCACGAGCGCGGGCAAGAAGUUUCAGUUGCGUAAUAAGGUCAUUGGAGUCUACGAUAAAGGCAAAGCUGGCUCAGUCGUCGAGACGGAGCAGUCCAUCGUGGACGAGAACGGGGAGGUGUACACCAAGACGGUGAGCAGCGGUUUCAUGGUAGGACAGGGCAAUUGGGGUGGACCUAAGGGACCGAGCGCCGUCAAUUAUCCCCCUCCUCAAGGCAAGAAGCCAGAUGCAGUUCACAUUGUUCAGACGACAGCUGAAACUGCUCUCCUCUAUCGUCUCAAUGGCGACUAUAACCCUCUUCAUGCUACACCUGAGCCCGGUCAGAAGAUGGGAUUUGGGGGUGUUAUUAUCCACGGUCUCUUCAGUUGGAACACUGCCGCUCACGGAAUUCUGCGAGAGCUUGGAGGCAGUGACCCAAAGAAUUUGAGAGAAUUCCAGGCACGCUUUGCUUCGCCAGUGCUUCCAGGCGACAAGCUUACCACUGAGAUCUGGAGGACAGGAAACAUUGAAGAUGGGUUCGAGGAAGUCAGAUUCGUAACCUCAAAUAACAGAGGCAAGGUUGUGCUGAGCAAUGGCCGUUGUCUCAGACCCUCACUUCCGCUCUCCCGCGGUCAUGUCCUCUCUCCCACGACGAGAAGGCCGGAGUCAACUCUGGCGAAGCCAUCUGGCACAGAACGGGAGGAUUCAUCGCCUGCAGCGCCAUCUCCCGUGAAGCCAUCGCGUACGGCCGCUAAGGCAGAGAGACCAACACCCCUCGAUUUCGUAUACCCAUUCACUUCUGCAGGAUAUAGAAACCAGCCUAUUGUGAUGAGGACCUCGCACAAGACCACUUCUAAAUUUGGACGAUUUUGGCUUCGGGACAACUGCCAGUGUUCGAAGUGUGUCCAUCCAGAUACAAGACAACGAAGCUCGGACACUUUCUCCAUACCGCCGGAUGUGAACCCCGAGAAAAUCAGCUACGAGGGGGGAAUCGCCAAAGUAGAGUGGUCUGAUGGCCACCAGGGUGUCUACCCAGUUCGUUGGCUGAGCAAUCUUGCGCCAAAGUUUAUCACUCACAAUCCCGAAAGUACCUCUUACCCAAUAGUCUUAUAUGAAAAUGUCAUGUCUAGUGACGAGGGCUUACGUGAAUGGCUUCACCAAAUUUACCUCCAUGGCUUCUGCUUCGUCAAGGGUAUCCCCGUUGACCCGGAGUCAACCAAAACCCUCCUGGAGAGAAUCGCUUUCAUCAGACAUACUCACUAUGGUGGCUUUUGGGAUUUUACGGCCGAUUUGACGUUCAAGGACACUGCAUAUACCACAGAAUUCCUCGGUGCACAUACAGAUAAUACGUACUUCACUGACCCGGCACGACUUCAACUGUUCCAUCUGUUGUCACAUACCGACGGUGACGGAGGUGCGAGCUUGCUUGUCGAUGGCUUUCAGGCUGCAAAAGUCAUGCGAGCAGAGAAUCCACAAAACUAUCAAGUGCUAGCAGAAACACCACAGCCGUUCCAUUCAAGUGGCAAUGAGGAUACCUGCAUCCAGCCGGCAGAACAAAUGCCUAUUUUCAAGAUCCACCCGCAGUUCAAUUACCUUUACCAAAUCCGCUGGAACAACUAUGACCGAGCGGCCAAGAAAGACUGGACCUUAGGAGAGCAGAAUAGAUGGUACAACGCAGCCCGGCACUUUAACGACAUCAUCACACGUGAGAAUAUGCAAAUAUGGACGCAGCUAGAGCCAGGAACAGCACUUAUUUUCGACAACUGGAGGAUGCUUCAUGGUCGCUCCGAAUUCACCGGAAAGCGAAGGAUGUGUGGCGGAUACAUCAACAGCGAUGACUUCGUUUCGCGUUAUCGCCUCUUAAGAUUCGGCAGAGAGAAGAUCCUGGACAACAUAGGCAACUUUACAGGACGUAUGGACAACCCUAACUUCUUCCUGUAA